AUAUUAUAAUUCCAGUUCAGAGGACCCAGAAGGUCCUAGUGUCUUCAGGUCAGAUCCUGCAACUUCUGUUCUGAUGAGUAAAACAUUAGAACCUGGUCCAAGACUUUGCCCUUUACCAGUUCAACAGUCAUCCAUUUAUUGUACAUAUACAAUCAAAAGCUCAUCAUCGUUGAAUCAAACUAACUGUGGAAAAGCUCCCCAUCUCUUAGAGGAAACAGUCUAUGUUGGUUUUAGGUGGUUUUUAUUGAUGAAGUGGUUUAUAUGCUCAAUUCAUUCCAGAGGAAACCAACAAUGGUUUCUAAUUUAUUCAUUUACUUUAGAAACGCCACAGAGACUGGAGAACUUCAACUUUUCUAAAACAUACAAAGUCAUUUUGACUGAUUAAAAAGUACAAAGUUCCCCUUUUCUGCUCCACACUAGUCUGUUUUGCAGAAGAGUCUGGUUGGGUAACAAAGAUGUUUACAAAGCACAGAUAUUGUAAAAAUAACUUUGCAAACUCUGGUAUUUGAGAGGACAUACAAAGUAAAUGUCAGGCAUGUAAACUUGCUGCUGCUCAUCUAAUGCGGUGAGAUGCCAUGCCACAAAGCAAACAGGAAGUACAAGUGAGAAGUUUCUCUUCUGUUACAAGCCAAGAGCCCAGCAGGACUGCGGGCUAAAGUUUAGCAGCCGCUAACUCAUCUCAACCAAUCAGAACACGGCAGGUGUUUGCUGAGGGAAAGCGUCAGACUCUUCCACAGGAUCUGAACCGCAGCAGAGUAACGGCUUCUCCAGGUAGAUUUUCAGUUUUCUGAGCAGAAGCGAUGCAGAUGCUGAGCAAACAUCAGAUGGGUCGUUUCUAAAACCCGGUUCUGAAGCGGGGAACAGGAAGAACAAACGGACCUAACCAUGUCUGCACCAGGGUCUGUGACCACAGCAGUCAGCAACGCCUCAGUUCCCAACCAGAGCAUGACCAAUCCGGUCCGCUGCGACCGUGGUGAGAGAUCAACCAAUCUCAUCUUCAUCCUAGUCUACAGUGUCCUCUUCCUGGUGGGCUUGGUACUCAACAGCUUCACCCUGUGGUUUCACUGCUGCCAACCUCAGAGAAACGCCUCUAAAAGCUUGAUGAUCUACCUGAAGAAUUUGACAGCAGCCGACUUCCUUCUCUGCCUCAGCCUGCCACUUCGCAUCAUCCACUACGCAGCCAAACCUGCCACCAUCCACCUGCUCUACUGCAGCUUUGGAGUCUCCAUACUGUUCCUCAACAUGUACGCCAGCAUCCUGUUCAUGGGCUACAUCGCUUUGAACAGGUAUUUUAAGGUGGUCCGGCCUUUUGGAGCCUUCUUCCUGCUGACUAAACGAGCUGCAUUCAUCACCUCCAUGACCACAUGGGUCUUUCUCCUGACUCCGAUGACAGCGUACUCCACUGUGCUGCUAAAUACCCUGAAAUCUAACGGGUCUGAAGACAGCUGUGAGGACCUGCACAGUGACUCCGUCAAACUGAUCUACAGAACUCUUCACAUCGGUGCUUCCGCCAUCUUUCUGUUGGUCUUCUUCUCAAUGGUUUUCAGUUACUACAGUGCCUCUCGCAGGGUGUUGCAGGCUCAGCAGAGACAGUCCGCCUCCUUCAGCUCCAGGAAGCUUCAGCAGUCUAGGAGGAAAAUGUUGGUUCUCAUCUGCAUCUUCUGCAUUUGCUUCAUUCCUUACCACCUGAUUCGACUCCUGUAUACGUUUCUGCAGCAGCUGGGCUCCUCGGACCGGGUGUUUUACUACCUCAUGGAGUUCACCACCAUUGUUUCAGUUCUUAAUGUCUGCCUGGAUCCGCUCGUUUACUUCGUCUUCUGCAAGGAUUUUCGGGUUCAUCUCAGGCUGAGCCUCAGGAGUUUCAGAGUCAGAACGGAGAAUGAGGCCAGGAGGAGCAACGAGGAGCAGCUGAGGAGCCUUAACCUCAACCAUAACGGGACCCUCAGCACAACGUCACGGUCAACUGGUGAGGUUUAGCGUGUUGAAGAUCAGAGGGUUCAGACUCAGAAAACUGAUGGAAAACUCAUUAAACUGUGCAAUUUGUAGCCCUGAAAAUGACCAAAACUGAAGCUUAUUAUGUUUUUGUAUAUAUGUAACAUUGUUUUUCUUAGUUUGUUUUCAUCAACCUUGUAAUUAAAGGGACUAGAAUCUCCCUGUUCUCUUUCCAGAUCGUUAGCUGAUCUUUAGUCCAGUCUUCAGUUUUUAUUUUCCUCCUUCACUUCCUUGGAGUCUUCCUUCUCCGAGAUCAAACCUACAGCUUUCAGUAGCCUGGGGAUGCAUUCAGACAGGAAUGCAUCUACAGGAAGCAGCUGACUGUCUUUAAGGAGGAAUCUCAGGCCCUAUCCCAAAAAACCUAUCCCAGGUUGAUGAAAACUGCAAAGCAGACCGUACCAAGAUUUAUAUGUUUCCUAUUAUAUUAUGGAGACAAUUCUUGAGAAAUCUAUCCAUCCAAUCCCCCAAAAACUCAAGAGGUUUUUGAGGGAUUUUCCGUUUGACAUCUGAAUGUUGGUGAGUGACAUCAGCUUGUGUGUGGUAUGUUAUUCCUGCUGUGUGGCUUCACACCACGCAAUGUAGGCUCAGUCAUGUUAUACCAACAAUUCUUAUCAUGAGAUGUUGAAAAUCACCUGACAAUUUUAAAACCUUGCUCAGUCAUAAGGCUCAGAAGUAACCACAACAAACCACUCUCAGAAAAGCAUUUUAAAUAUGUUGUAUGAAAUGUUAUAUAUAAGAGAUACUACAAAAUAAAAUGUAAGCACUUUGUUUCCCAAAAUAUAAUAAAGUUGGACGCAGGUUUUGUCUCUGGCUUUUCCAGUUACAUGUCAGUGCAUCUAAAAUAAAUGAUACAUGUAUUGCCUGCAACUCCAGGCUGAACUACUUAAAAGGGAUGUUUAUUUCUGGAAAGUAAAGCUUAAAAUGAUGUUUAUAAGAGGUGCUGUGAACAACGUCUAUGGGUGAGGUCAUGUUGAAAUCCAAACUUCUUAACUGGAACUUCUGGGCAGGCAUCAAAAUACAUGUAUUAAUACUGCACUAGUUAAGCGUUGAUGCAUUACUGCUUUGUUAUGACGCACUGAGUGGCUAACGUUGGACCAGUUGUACCGUGUAAAAUCAAUCCCAAAGAUCUUCUCUGAAGUGCAAAUUCUGAAUUCAUUCUAUUCAAACGCAACCACAAAUCCAGUAACUCAAACAUAGACGGCAACAGUGUUAAUAAUGAUUCCGUCACAGCGGCCAAAAACAUGCAAGUCCUUCCAGUUUCAACGCCAGCCUGCUAUGCAUCAGUCCUUGACUCAUAUACUGGAGGCCACAGCCCCAUCUAGUGACCACACCCAAAGAUACACAUAUUUGACUCCGAUACUCCGAAAACACCAAUAAAAAUGAUUUAGAUGUGUCCCUUGGCCUACAUUCUUGAAUGAAAUGUCCAAACUGCCUCACUAGCAUGCAGUCAAGCUGUACAGAGCUCUGUUAAAGAGCUGAUAUUGGAGCCAGGUGUGCUGAAGCAGAGGGACAUCUACAAGUUGCAUCUAAAAUCCCCCACAAUAAUAACUUUUUCAGUAUUUAACACUAAAUCGGAUUAUUAAAAAUCUGACAUCUGCUCUAAGAAUUGAGAGAAAUGGCCUGGUGGGGGAUGCAAAGCAAAAGCAGUUUUAGUGCUUCACAGUUUAGAUGUUUACUCCUCCGUCCCCA